AUGGCCGGACGAAACCAUCUCCCACCAAAUGCCUUAAACCUUCGACAACUACCCCUAGCAAGAGCACCUUCCCAUUCUACCUUGAUCGACGACCCUCGCCUCCUCCGUCGUGUCGCCGCCCCAGCCCCUCCCCCUCAAGCUCACCCUGCCGUCAUCGAAGAACAUAUCGCGGUCCAGCACCGUGAAAUCCAAAACCUAUUCCUCGAUAACCAACGCCUGGCCGCCACACACGUAGCGCUCAAGCAGGAGCUCGUCGCCGCUCAGCAGGAGAUCCGACACCUCUCCGGCGCAGCCACCACCGUCAAGGCCGAUAGGGACGCUCAGGUCAGGGAGUUCUACGAGAGAUCUUUGAAAUUUGAGGCGGAGGCGAGUGCGAUUGAUGGACUCAAUGCAGAGCUGUCUCAGGUCAGGGCAGAUGUGCAGAAAUUGAGUGUGGAUAGGAAAGAGCUUGCGGCGAAGCUGCAGACGAUCGAUGAAGAGAUUGUUAGUUCUAGGUCAGAGUUACGGCUAUUUCCGGCGAUUAAAGAAGAGAUAGAAACCAUGCACCGGGAAAUUCAGAGAGGAAGGUGA